AUGAUUUUUUCCGACGAAGUAUGGCUGAUUAUUUUAGAAAACUUGAGUAUUCCAGAGCUGGUGAAAUUACGGCUAGUUUCCCACUGCUUCAAGGAAUUGGCAGAAUAUGUCUUGAAAAGACACCCAGGAUGGGAAGAUUUAGCUAAGAAGAAUAUGCAAAUAGAGUGGCUGGAAGAUGUGAUGGUGAAGGCUUGUCCCUACGAUCUGAUAAGCCAUCAAAAUGAAAUUCACGAUCCGGCACUGUGGCGAAAGACUUAUUUGUCUUAUAUAAACUGGCAGAAAAUUCUUGUCAAAGCGGAUGUGACAUUCAACAAGGUUCCACCUUCAAAUUUCGGAUACAUUGUGUAUACCACUACCUUUGAUAAGUACCUACUGCUUGUAUUCGGAAACAAUGUGAUUGAAAUUUACACUUUCGUUGAUGAUGACCCUUUUAGGCUAUUGUUCAAAUUUCAAAUGAAUAACUACGUACCCCAGGCAGAGUUUUGGCAAUCUAAUGGUGAUUUACUGGUUGUAUUUCAAGACAGAGAUUCUAAUUUGACGUUCUGGGAUAUUAAUAAAAAAAUUAAAAUCACUAACAAUGGUUGCUCCUCUACACGGAUCAGCCGCAACGGAUGCCGAGAUUUCUGCAUAGGUGAGAAUAAUGGAAUUAUAACGUCAUUUGAAAGAGAUGGUAAUAUUAUAUCACCUGGCCAGUCAAUCAAUUUAAAACUCACAGAGGAUCAAGAAGUGCUCAUACACACUGUUCACACAAAUUAUCUAUCAAUACUAGUAUACGUACACAAUGCCGUUAUACUUUAUAAUUAUAAAGUGAUGAUCAAUAAUGGGAUGGUAGCGGGGUUUCAAUUCAUAGAUACAACAGGUCCUAUGCGUCUAAUUCAUCCGUUAAACAAAUGGGCUAACUUUACUAUAUUAAAUACAGAUUACCUCUAUGUUACCAAUGAUUUCAACGGAUUUGCAACAAACUAUCACUUAGAAGAUCACGAUUUAAUACAUUUUUAUACGCCCUCACGCUGGGGUAAUGUCAUGUCAGCGGCGAUGCAUGCGCACUUGGUUAUUCUUGGUUGUCAAAACGGCUCCAUUAGAUUAUUUUCAAUUGAAGAUACUUCUGAGAUGAUGGCGCUAUACGGCGAUCCAGCCAACAUUCUAUAUUCUAGAAAUAUUAGAACAAUUAAAGCCAGUAACAGACCGAUAUUUUAUUUGAAUUUUUGGGAAUUCGAAGAUAAAAUAUUUAUUGUUGCUGUUACAGAUGAAAGUAUUAGAUUGAUUAAAUUUGUAUAG